UUCUUUUAUCUCGAUUUUUCCUUUGAGAGCGUGAGGUGUUCGUUCCUCUGAGUGAGAGAAUGAGAGACAGAUCAAAGGCGCGUGUCUCACACCAAAUUAGUGAACCGACAGGCUUGUUCGCUGAGACAACGUAUAUUUGAAUUGUGACUUUGACACCGGAACCUUCGCCUCGCAUACUAAAGAAUGUUAGUACAACGAAACGUAGGGUACAACUAUGCCAACCACACUUCCUUAAACAGCUAAACAGUAUUUAGUGUAAUUACACGGAUACAAGUCACAUCAUUCACAAGAUGCUUCUCCAGUGGAUUUUAAACCCUGCCUAAUCGUGGGCACAAUAGUUAAGCGUAAAGGUUAUUUCAACGUUGAAUCAACGAUGACAAUCUGCUUCAACGUUACUCUUUUAAACUGUGCCUACUGGGCUAACCCAACCCAACUCACACAACCUAAUUGUCAACGUAUACGGUUUUAGCUUUGUUGAACCGUCUUGUGUACGCUUUGACCAAUUGGAUACAUUAGCUAACGAUACUUUACCAUGAAUAAUGUUUUCUGUACCAAAAUACAGUACGCUAUCAAUGUUCACCAACCGUCAACACAAUAGAUAACAUGAUAACACGGUCAUAUCUCGGAGCACCUUCACGACGGCAGCGCGCAGCAGGCCAGCAGAGUGGUCGGUCCCCUUGGAAAACUAAAUAAUAGAGCCUGGGUGAAAGCGGAGUUGUGUAACCAAUUCCCUGGUGUGUGAGCGACAACCGAGUGCUGCAGCCCGCCCUGGAUGAGGAAUUCAUGGCAAGCAGAGCCCAGGUACACAGCGCCUAGGACCACCUGACGCCUCAACCCACUGGACAACAACGCAUACACUGCCAUGCUUGAAGGGAACUUAAAUGAACCAGGAGUGAGAAGACUGUAGCAGCUCAACCUGUUAUCACAAUCUGACCAGCGUUAAAUCUGAAGUGGUUUUCGCCUAACAACGUUAUUGUUUUUAUUGUGUGCGUGAGAACCCUGGAAACCUUAUUAGUACGAGGUUUGAGUCAAUUCUGCGGCGACUUUUACAUCACUGAACUAUCCUAAUUUUAUAUUUCUGGGCGUAAAAAUAACACCCAGAUGUUUACGCCCGAGAUGUUUUACGCACUAGAUAUUUACGCUAUUUUUCGGUAGCCUAACUAAAAAAAAUUGUUAUGUUAAGUGCGCGGCUCUCCAGCUCUGAUCACCCAAGUUUUCAAGGAAUCUGGAAUAGUUCAUCACCAAAGUUGAUGUCGUUUGACAUCAGCAUUCAUUAUGCGGAAUCUCUGCAGGGGCACAAUGAAGCAAGCGAAAAAGAUUGAAUGAAGAGAAAUUGUAUAAUGAGCUCAUUAACAAGAGGAACUGACAACAGGUGAGAGCCAGCGUUGUUGUGAAGGUGGGUCAAGAGCAGGCCAUGUGUAGGAUCAAGGUCAAAAUGAGUGCAAGAGGCGAUGAAGGGUCCACAACUGUACAAGGGAAGACAUCGACAAUUGAAUCAGCCAGGAUGUUCUGUUGUGGUGACGGAUCCUUGAACUCCUUCGGAGGUGUGAAGGGUGCGCGGUGCAGCAGUCCGGUGAGAUAACCAAGAGUGCAAGAUGGCGGUGAACGUGGUGAUUCCGCUGCUCAUCCCCCUGGAGGAGAACCUUCACAACACGACUCGUCUGCUGUCUGGCGCUGGGGGUCCUUUGCAGUUCUCGGAGCCUCGCUACUGCCUGGUGGUGGCCGAGGACGCCCCGCCUGGCCUCAGGGUCACCCAGGUCACCGCCACCCACAAGGACGGUGUGGGAGUGCGGUACAGCAUCACUGGUGGCAACAGAGACGGACUCUUCACCAUUGACCAGCGGUCAGGACUCAUCACACUGGCCGCUCCCCUCGACUACGAACUCCAGCCCAAGCACGAGUUGGUGGUGGCGGCGGAGGCGGCCGGGAGGACCGUCCACUCCAUGGUGCAGGUGACGGUGGCCGACGUCAACGACAACGCUCCACACUUCCUCCAGAGGGACAUCCAGGUGGCCGUCGUCGAGGAGGACGACCGCCACCUUCCCGCCACCAUCUUCAAGGUAGAAGCUGUGGACCCCGACAAGGUGGACUCUGCCGGGCUGGUGUACAGUGUUGGAGGUGACGGAGUUGACGGUCACUCCCCCACCCGCGCCUUCUUCACUAUCAACCCCCUCACCGGUCACCUCCUGCAGCUGAGGGCGCUGGACCGGGACCCGCCGCUGGGGAGAGAGAGGUGGCAGGUGAAGGUACAGGUGCGGGACGGACAGCGGGUGUCGCCCUCGCUGGCCGCUGCCUCCCGGGCCUCCAGGCGCCCCCCCACGCUCUCACACCCUCAACACCUCCACUCCCACCAACCCCAAGUGCCACCACAGGCCCACGCUCUCACCACACGCAACUUGGGAGUGCCACCACAGGCCCACGCUCUCACCACACGCAACUUGGGAGUGCCACCACAGGCCCACGCUCUCACCACACGCAACCUGGGAGUGCCACCACAGGCCCACGCUCUCACCACACGCAACUUGGGAGUGCCACCACAGGCCCACGCUCUCACCACACGCAACUUGGGAGUGCCACCAGAUCCCCACCAAGACCUCGGUGAUGCAGUCCAAGGUCAGUACUCGUCGCCACAAGACCCCAGUGACCCGAAGGACUAUUAUAUUCCCUCUCAGUAUCUCCCGAGACCAACCCAAGUUAUAUCAGAGAAGAAGAAUGAAAAUACAGAGGAAUGGCAUGGAAUACCUGUCCAGCAUAAUUCCAGUCAAUGGGGCAAACCAAAAUAUUUGUCUAUAUCUAGGGAUAGAUUAGCGUAUGGAAUAGAUGAGGCAGAGACGACGCAGAAGCAUGCUAACGACAGGUUAGAAAAGAUGGAAGGUAAAACAGGGGCCACAUCAAAAUUUGUACGUAAGAAAGGAGACAUCGUUCAGAAAAAGAUGAGAUCGGCUGAGAGAAAGAGAAAGUUACGAGACAAGAAUCACCAGAAGACGACGGAGAUGUCAGUGGAUGCAAAUCUAAAGUUUCAAAAAGGCGCACCAGCCAGUGACGCUGAAACACGGAGACUAGAAUUGUACACCGUGCCUCCACACCCGGAACAUGGGGCUCAAGUCGGGCAUGGUAAGGUGCCCCUGACCAGGUGGGACGGCUUCCUUGUUCCUGGCUACCAGCACCCGCGAGGCGCCUUCACAAGGGUCAGCUCCUCACUACAACCUCGAGCCUCCAGACUUAAACACGGGACACGUAAGGAACAUCAGCCGGCUGGCUGUCACCGGAAACUAUUAUCUAUCAGAGGAAUAUUCAAACAAAAAGCUCCCAGUCGCAGUUUUAGUGGCAAAAUAAAUGUUGGCAGGAAUAAGCAGGCGUCUGGUUUCACGUACAAACCUAUUUAUUAUAUUAACGAAACUUUAUCUUUUCCUCAAAGGACUUCCAAAAUGGCUAAGGAACACGCGGCCAUACUCAGUGAUACGAGUCAUCACUUGAGUCAGCGGUCGCGACCAACAAUAGUCCCUAAUCCUGAGGAAAGAUCUACUGAAUAUUUCGAACCCAAACUUGCCCAGAACGCCGCCAGAGCCACGCCUGGUAUCCCACCCACCUCGACAACUGUGCGCGAAGUCAAGAGUUCGGGUCCCGAUGGAAGAACGCGGCGCAUGGACAUCGCAGCAACCUUAACUAAACGCAGUGCGGACCAGAUGAAGCACCUGUCGCAACGCUAUCUGGGGAGGGCCCAGUUGGAGGAGGAGCGGGUCUACGUGAAGAGGUUGGGAAGGAACGGUGGAGGGUGUGAGGACUAUGGCAGCUUCUCUAUGAGUCCGGAGGAGGCCCCGGAGGAGGAGGAGGCGGAGCCAUGGUACCUGCAGGAUAUGAGGCGGGAGCAGGUGCACGUGGCGGAGACGGUGGUGACGGUGGUGGUGAAGGACAUCAACGACAACGCUCCCGUCUUCCCCAACGCCACCAUCUACGGCGAGGUGCAGGAGAACGGCCCCAUCGACCUGUCGGUGGGCGUGGUGUGGGCGUGGGACGCGGACGACGAGAAGGAAGGCACCAACGCUCUCCUCACUUACACCAUUGAGAAGAACGUGAUGGAGGAACGGUCAGGCCAGGCCAUCUUCGCCAUCAACCCAGAGACCGGCCUCGUCCGCACCGCCAUCUGUUGCCUGGACCGUGAGACUACACCAGAGUACCACAUCCAGGUGGUGGCUGUGGACGGUGGCGGCCUCAAGGGUACGGGGACGGUGGUGGUGCGGCUGGCCGACGUGAACGACAACUCUCCACGACUGACCCAGGACCUGUGGCAGGUGGAGGUGGACGAGACCUGGGGCGACGGACCCCCCAGCAACCACACCCUCCUCCAGGUCACCACCGCCGACCACGACACCUCAAACUACUUCUUCUACCGGGUGGUGGAGGCCAGCGGGUGGGGCUGGCAACACUUCAGCAUGAGGACUGAGGGCACCUCUGGGCACUUGUAUGCUGGGAGGACCCUGGACUAUGAGGACGCUGCCCAGCGGCGAGGCUUCCGCUUCAUGGUGCAGGUCACGGACAGGGGUCGAGGCGGGUGGAGCGACGCCCGACACACCGACACAGCGUGGGUGGAGGUGAGGCUCCGGGACGUUAACGACAACCCGCCGCAGUUCAGCCGCCCGCACGCCCACGUCACCGUCAGGGAGGACACCGCCCCCGGCACCCUCCUCGCCUCCCUUCCCGCCGUCGACCCAGAUAUGAUGGAGGAGCAGGUUGUGGAGUACCGUGUGGUGGGGGGUUGGGGAGUGGUGACAGUUGAUGGUGUGGGGGGAGUGAGGUUGUGGCGCGCCCUGGACCGUGAGUCUCCUGGAGGGGAGGUGGGCGUGGCGCGGGUGGUAGCCGUGGAUGAUGGCCGCCCAUCCCUCUCCUCCACCGCCACCCUCACCAUCACCCUCACCGACGUCAACGACUGUCCGCCCCGGCUCCUACCCCCCACCGUCCUCCACGUCACAGAGGGAGCUCCUGCCUCUCUCCUGGGAAUCCUCACAGCUACUGACGAUGAUGUCUGGGCGCUGGGGCACGGCCCGCCCUUCACCUUCACCCUGGCACCCUCCAACCCCGCCCACGUCCUCAACAUCCUCAACAUCAGCUCCCAGGCAGGCCUGGACAGUGGGCGUGGCGGGGCGGAGGUGUGGACAGUGGGGCCACUAGACAGAGAGGAGCACCGUCAGCUGAGAGCGGAGGUGGUGGUGGCAGACGCUGGGGGCCUGGCCGCCACUCACCCCAUCACCAUCGUCGUCGAUGAUGUCAACGACAACCCCAUGAAACCGGGGUUUAAAACUGUAUAUUUGUGGAAAACGCAGACGGGAGGUGCGGAUGCUGCCCUGGGCAGAGUGUACGUGGAGGACCCGGAUGACUGGGAUCUCCAGGAUAAAACAUUUGCCUGGGCCGGACCUCCCCAUCCACUCUUCACCCUCCAACCCAACACCGGCCAUAUAUUUGCCUCUAAACAGCUUAGGGAAGGAAGGUAUGAGCUGCGCUUCACAGUAUCAGACCGAGUGUGGGCCCAGCAGGACGUGUCGGCCAAUGUGACAGUGGCGGUGAGGUACCUGUCACCGGAGGCUCUCACACACGCUGUUCCCGUCACCCUCACGCCCACCACGCCCACAACCCUCACCGCUGGAUGGACGCCCAUGAGUGGCGGCGGGGGCCUGGGUACACUGACGAAGGCGGUGAUGCAAGUGGUGGGUGAAGGAGCAGAGAGUGUGGAGGUUGUGAGCGUGUAUGGUCUCCACAGCACCUCACAGUCUGCUGCUGUGUCUGCCAGCAGCGCUGCUCACACCUCUCCUUCUCCAGUGCCGUAUGUGUGUGUUUGGGUCAGUGUAAGGCUCGCAGGCCGCAGCUUCAUGGAUCCAGUCAAGUUGCAUGGGCUGCUGGCACUCCACUUGCAGCGACUGGAGAAGUUGAUGAAGCUACGGGUUGUGUUGGAGGACACACGCGUCAUUGAGGAUGAAAAUGGAAAGCCUCCCAGCUCCUCUGUCUCUACGCCUCUAGACACACUGACUCCACAUAAUCCUUCUUCCGUUGCAUCCCUGGCAUCUAUGGCACUGCCUCUUCAGGUGGUGGACUCGAACUCGACUUCGCUGGUAACCCCUCGUCUGAGGCGAGGCCAAGACUGCCACACCCAUAAACGCCAUGAGGACGACGCAUGCACCUCCACGUCCUGUCUCAAUGGCGGUCGCUGCAUCAGAACGGACAUUGGUAAUAGGUGUGUGUGUCCUGGAGGGUCGUGGGGACCGCAGUGUAAGGUACUGGCUCGCAGCUUCUCGGGCUCUGGGUGGGCGUGGGUCCGACCUCUGCCCCCUUGUCUGCCCACCACACUCUCCCUCCGUCUCCUCACUCGCAGCCCUGAUGCUCUCCUCUUGUACUCGGGGCCUCUGUCACCCACAUCCACCCACCCACUCCACCCUCCCUCACCCAUGGUGGCACUGCAGUUGGUAGGUGGGCAACCACAGGCGCUGGUGGAAGGUGCCAGAGGACCACUGAAGCUGCAAGUGAACGCGACUCUGAACACUGGCACGUGGCACACCCUGCAUCUCCAUCUCAACACUCAGGGUGCCACACUAAUGGUGGACCUGUGUGGACACGGGUGGACAGCUGACAUGACAACUGAUGCCCAUUGUGUUACAAGGGCCUCGUGGGUAAAUACACAGGUGAAGGAUAGUUGGAGCAACAGUGUCCCCAUUCAGCUGGGUGGCCUCGCUCACUCAUACCCGGACGCAGCGGAGUUUGGCUGGGCAGCUGGAGUAGUGCCUCAGGCUUUAGUUGGCUGUCUCUCUCACCUCACACUCAAUGGAGAGCUGGUGGAUGUGGGCGAGCCGGCGUACAGCAGUGGCAGUGGCGGAGGCUGCGUCGCCCAGGACACCGCCUGCAGAGACAGGCUCAUCUCCUGUGGCAUGCGAGGCUCUUGCAUUGGUGGUCUUGCCACGCCUAAAUGUGACUGUGAGCCGGGAUGGACCGGGCCAGAGUGCUCCAGGCCUACUGUACCAACUGCCUUUGGCCAAGCCUCAUUUGUGAAAUUAGCGCUGUCUUUUACGCCCGAUCCUUAUAAUCUGGUGGUGCAACUGAGAGUGCGGGCUCGAGGCCACGCCGAGGGCCUCCUUCUACAGGUAGCUGACACCCAACAAUUUCACGCCUUAAAACUGUGUGUGCGUGGCGGUGUUGCGUGUGCGUCAGUGUCCGGGCCGGAGUCCACACUGCAGGAGGCGUGUCUGGAGAGCUUCCCGCUGGGGGACGGCUCCUGGCACACACUUCGUGUCAGCCGCCACGGACCUAACCUGAUCAUCUCGGUGGAUGACGGCGAUGGCUGGCGCCAGAAUGAAACACUGGCCUCCCUCGUGUCCAGCGUCAACCUUGCAGACGUUCACCCGCUUGCUGCUACUCUGCCGCCCGCACCAGUCACUGUUGACAAGCAGGAUGGCGUGACCGUGGGAGGCGUGCCCGAGUUCGAGGAGCUCCGCCUGGUAGCAGUCCACGAUGAUCUCCAAGACAGUUGUGUAGAUGAUGUGAGAGUGUGUGGUGAGGCAGUGCCACUACCGCCCGCUGUCAACAACACACUAUGGGGUCAGGUUACCACUCUACAGAACGUCGAACAAGGUUGUUCAGCCCCGGAUUCUUGCAUCAAUACCACAUGUUUACCACCCUUGACGUGCCAUGACUCCUGGAGACAUGCAACCUGUAGCUGUGAGUCAGGUGAGCAGGUGGUGGGGCACAGCUGCCAGGAUGUUGACGAGUGCGUGUUCCAGCCGUGUCUCCACGGGGGCACCUGCUACAACCUCACACCUGGCUACCACUGUUUGUGUGCUCCAGCCCACAUUGGAGACAACUGUGAAUGGUCCAAGUUGCCACCAGACUCCCACCCUCUCACAGCUCCCAUGGCCAUAGCUGCCCUUACACUCUCUGUGCUUAUUGUUGUUGUAAUUGGCAUUUUGUUGAACCUUCGCCUUCACCGGUCUCGCGCAACGCGAGGCGUGAGCCUACGCACCGCUGGGGUGGAAGGAGUGACGAGCGUGGCAGAAACUCCGGUUGAAGUCCAGACAGUAACUAGUAAUCAAUGCAGCCCUAGUUGUAAGGAAGAAAAUGUCUUUCUUGAUUCACUCAAGAUUAAACUACCUAACAAACAAAUUCUUCAGUCCCCUAAAGGCACAAAGCAUCUGGUCACUCCCAUUGGACCUCUAUCAGUUGCUAGUGAGGGCAGAAAAGUCAGCUUAAUGGUAAAAGGAAGCACAAUGAAGGCUUCUAGUUGCGACGUUAUAACGUGUAAGGAGAAUGCCAACUCUCGUAGAGGUUCUAUAGCAGCCGUGACUACUACUAUGAUGGAUGUUGUCCUUGAGCACAGAUCGAGCAUUCCACAAACAGUGUGUUCCGAGACACAUUGUAAAGCAGGGUGUUCUACUGCACUGUGCCCAUUUACAUAUCCUGCACAUGGUGCAUCAAGUGGCUUGUGUCAAGUCGUGACCAGCGGUGAUACGGGCGCUGUCCAACCUUUACUAGCACAAGAUGACCUCAGAGCCUAUGCUUAUGAAGGAGAUGGCUCAUCAUCAGGCUCACUUUCAUCUACUGUGUUAGGGUUGCAAACAGAGUUACUGGAUGAUGACAGCCCCGAGCCACUUGUACCUGAGUAUGGGGAGGUAUUCGACCUUCUCAAAAGCCUUCCAGAUGCUCUGAAUUCCUCAAGCCUAACCAGUGUUACUGAUAUUCCCAGUCUGGAUGUAGUCUCCAAGAGCCCCAAGGUAAAACAUGGAGCAAAUAUAACAUGAUAGGAAAAAAAAGGUGUCAUUUCCGAAAACCGAGACAAUAUUGCACAUUUGCAAUAUAAGACAUGGAUUAAGAAGCACUCUGCAGUUGCCAAGUGAUCGUGUGAUACUAUUUUUCAACCUGCAAACUUGCUUAAUUGGAAAUGUUAAAUAUUGCACGUAAGAUAUUUGUAUGAUCAUUUUUGGUCAGUUACGAUUUGCAACUUGUAAGGAAAUAUAUACAUAAAAGGUUAGAUCAUCAGCUGACAAUAAUUUAAGUGACAGAUCUAGUGCACAAAAGACUUUAUUAAACUGGAUGAAAAGGAUGCCUCAGCUAUUCUUUAUCUUAUUAGUUGUAUUUUUCUCCAUUUUUUUUAAUUAUUUAAAAUUAUUCAAUAUUGUGUUCUUAAUAUAUGACUGGUGAGAAACUGAAGUAUUUAAAUAAAUUACACUGAAGAGGGAAUCAGAGGUGUUUAUACAUUUAUAUCAACAGUAAAUUGUACAAUA